CUCCGGCACCUCAAACACACUCCAACAUACACCAUGGCCGCCUCAGGUCCAGGUGCCGCGAGCACAACUAAAGCCGGUGCCAGCGACGCUAAGGACGGCGACACCAAGGACGUCCAGAAGCCCAUCGCCGCGCUGGAGGAAGACGACGAGUUUGAGGACUUCCCCGUUCAAGACUGGACCGAAGAAGACACACAGCUGCCCGGCGGCAACACGCAUCUCUGGGAAGAGAGCUGGGACGACGAUGACACGAACGACGAGUUCUCAGUGCAGUUGAAGGAGGAACUAAAGCGUGUUGGAAAGAAAUGAUUAGCCAAACUAUAAACAAAACAAAUUGAAAAUGGAGCCGGGCGGUAUCACGGGCGUAUUGGGAGCCUAGCACAAGAGCACUGUGUUUGGGUGAAGCAAGUGGUAUCUGGCUUUGGGGCUUGAGAAGGCAUGAGAGCAGGCCGGCUUCACGGGAUAUCUCUUGUGUAUUAAGAUGGCCACACUGCGAAGUGGAAGCCUCUUCGAACGGAAUGGAUGCAGAGAUAUUUAUUUCCAUUUUCGCUCGACUCAAAGAUAACUAAGAUACAAUCACAGCCUCGAUACCGUCACG